AUGAGGAGCAAGCUGGGCAUCGCACCCAAGCAUUCGGUCAUACAUCGGUUUGAACAAAUCCCCGAUCAACCACACGACGGGAUGCAUAACCCCAACGACGCUACUAUUGAUAUUCCCCUCACCGAUGCCCCUAGUCACAAUACUCUGGGGCAGUGGGCUUCCACGCCGGCUUCCCAGGCUGGCCUGGUGGAGCCGGGGCUAGGUGAGAAGCAGGAGGGUAUCGCGCCUGGACGUCGUCGAAGGACGGACUCAGAUAUGCAUGAUAUGCGUGGAAAGGCCGCCGAGGCCUCUGAUGACGGUACAAUCAAUACCGUCGGCCGCAUCUACCAGGCCAUUUACAAUUUCUCUAUUGUUACGCGAUACAUGAUUUAUGUUCUUCCCGUUGGUUUCUUGAUUGCCAUUCCCAUUAUUAUCGGUGCCACUGCGGCGCCCAAUGCGAAGAUUGCCGGUGUUCACAUCUAUUGGUUCUUUACCUGGAUUGAGGUCGUUUGGGUCAGCUUGUGGGUUUGUAAGGUUAUGGCUCAAUUCUUGCCUUAUGUCUUCCAGGUUUUGUGUGGUAUGGUUAGCUCCGGUACACGCAAAUAUGCACUCAUCUUGAGGGCCCUUGAGACUCCUCUUACCCUUGUGCUCUGGUGUAUUGUCUCGCUAGUGACUUUCCUUCCGAUCAUGACUGAAAACCCCAACAAGAAAGAUGAAGAGGACACCGAUGCUAAAGCCUGGGAAAAGAGUGUCAAGAACGUUCUUCUCGGUCUUCUUGUCUGCAGUUUGAUUUUCCUGGGCGAGAAGGCCAUUGUUCAACUGAUCUCUAUCAGCUACCACCGCAAGCAAUUCGACUCCAAGAUCAAGGAGUCCAAGCAUAAUGUUUUCCUUGUUGGUCUCCUCUUCGAGGCCUCCCGCAACAUGUUCCCCAUGUACUGCGCGGAGUUCCACGAGGAUGACUCAACCAUCAUGGAUCCCAUCCUGAGCCAGGCUACAAAGAAGGGCAAAACGAAAUCAAUCAUGCCGCUGCGCAUGGUGAAGGAGGUCGGUCGCCAAGUUGGUCAGCAGGCUGGCCGUCUCGGUGACAAAGUUCAGGCUGCCGUUGGCAAUGUUGCUUCUGAACUGACUGGAAAGCAAAUGUUCAACAACAAUACUACUCACGCGGUUGUCAUUUCUGCUCUGGAGCGUAAACGCUGUGCUGCGGCCUUGGCCCGCCGUGUUUGGAUGUCCUUUGUGGUCGAGGGCCGGGACUCUCUGUACAUUGAUGAUAUUAUCGAGGUUCUGGGACCUGACCAUGAAGCCGAGGCUGAAGAGUGCUUUGCCAUGCUUGACAAGGAUGGCAAUGGAGAUAUUUCUUUGGACGAGAUGGUCCUUACCCUGACGGAAUUGGGACGUAUGCGCAAAGCUCUGAACCAUAGUAUGCACGAUGUCGACCAGGCUAUCGGUGUCCUGGACAAUCUUCUGUUCUGUUGUGCUUUCAUCGUUGGUGUUCUCGUUUUCAUCUCAUUUGUCACCACCGGGUUUGGUACCGUCAUUGCUGCUGGAGCUACCUCACUGCUCUCCCUCAGUUUCGUGUUCUCGACUACCUGUCAGGAGGUUUUGGGUUCUUGUAUCUUCUUGUUCGUCAAACACCCCUUCGAUAUUGGUGACCGUGUCGACGUCAGCGACAAGGACUACAUUGUGGAGCGUAUUUCCCUGCUCUUCACUGUCUUCCGUUCAAUCAACGAUCACCGCUUGACCCAGGUACCCAACAACAUCCUCAACAGCUUGUGGGUAGAUAACCUCACCCGCGCCAAUGCCAUGCACGAAAGACUCACCGUUCCCGUCGCCUUCGAUACUACCUUUGCCGAGGUCGAAGCUUUGCGUGAAGAGAUGGAGAUGUUUGUCCGAGACAAGGAAAACUCCCGUGAUUUCCAACCCGAAUUCACCAUCGAGGUGAUUGGUCUCGGCGAUCUCGACAAGCUCCAGCUCCAAGUAGACAUCCGCCACAAGUCCAACUGGGCCAUCGAAGCCGUUCGUUCUUCGCGCCGCUCCAAGUUCAUGUGUGCCCUCGUCCUAGCCACCCGGAAGCUCAAGAUCCGUGCCCCUGGUGUCGCCGCUCCCGAGGAAGAAUCCAAGGAUGGAGCUGACGGUGACGGCGAUGACAAGGGCGAUGAUAAGGGUGACCGCAAGUCCUCACUCACCCAGACCAGCGCCGCCGCCGCAGCAGUGGCAGCCGACCCCGAACUUGCACCCAACACUGCCCAAGCAACCGGCAUCGAAAAGCGGCGCUCAUCAGGCACGCUCAAGAACCGCGGCUCAAGCAAUGCCUCCGAAGCUGCCAUCGCCGCAGGCCUUAACACGCGCUCCCACAACUUCGACCUCGCACCAGAGGAUAACAACGCCCUCCACCGCACCACCACAAACAACUCCACCCAAGGCGCCCGCCAGCUCAGCGUGCACAGCACCUCCAUUGGCCGCGAACCCUCCACCGGCCACCGCAAGGCAGGUCUCCGCGUCGCCUACAACGACCAGGACUCCAUCCCCAUGCCCCAACUCUCCCCCGUCCCCGCCGGUCUCACCCCCUCAACGAGUGCCGUGCCUAUCCUCCAGACUCCCGCUCCACCCGGUUCCCGCGGUAGUGCACGCUACGAGCCUACCUCCCAUUUCCAGGGCCAGGAGCAGGCUCAACAGUCCAUCCGACCCAUCAUCGGUUCGCCUGAGUCGGGAACAUACAAUACUUCCUACUACAACUCGCGUGCGGAUGGUAAUAACCACUAUGAGUCUGUGGAAUUGGGUGGGUUCAGUGGUGAUCAUGCGCAGUCUCACCCUUACCCCUCCAGCAAUCAUAGUCAAAGUGGCUAUGAAGUGCCGGAGCGGUAUGAUCCCGUCUCCCCACCUUCCCUCUACUCGCCUCCGCAACAAAACAUUCCUCCUCUUGAGACGGAAGAUCAAAGCGGGAGACGGCCUUCGUUCUUGUCACGUACUUUGAAGCGCGAUAAGUCGAAUCAGUAUGGCGAGCAUGACGCUUAA